CAGUUGCAAACCAUCAAUUCAAAGUUAAACAAAGCUGCCACGAAACUUAAACAAUCUCAAAAUGAUGAAAUACGUCGCUCUCUUUUGUGCAUUCACCUUCGCCGCCGUCAGUGCUGGUCUCAUCGAAACCCACCAUGUGGUCCAUGAACCUGUAUUGGCCAAAGUUGGUUCGGUGGUGCACAGCGCUCCUUCGGCCGUUUCUCAUCAGAGUAUCACUCAGGUGCACAGCAAAUCCGUAGUUCAGCCCGUCCUCGCUCAUGCCGUCAAGACCACCAUCCACGCUGCUCCCGUUGUUCCCGUGGUGCAUGCCGCUCCGGUCGUACACAGCGUUCCAUUGGUGCACUCUGUGCCUGUGGUGCAUGCUGCUCCUGUUGUGAAGAGUAUUGUUUCUGCCCCAUUAGCCUAUACGCUGCAUCAUCAUUAG